AUGUCCUGCCGGUGGGUUGUCUGUGAGACACUUUUCGUUCUGGUCGUUGGAGUGAUCGCAAGCCAUUGCAUCGAUCAGCACUCGAAACAGCUGUUCGUCGAUCGGUUGUCGGCAGCUGAACGGACAAAGUAUUUUGGCAGCGAAAGCGAAAGUGUUUGGCCGUACUUUGAGCUGGUGGAUCUGGAAGUGCGCCACACGGACGUGAAAGAUUUCAACCUGAGUUUCUCCUUUCGAAAUGACGCGAUCGUGCUACAGUUUAAACCGAACCACGUGCUCAGUUCACCGGCAACGGUGCUUACGACGACGCAAGCGCGUGUGACGAAGCUGCUGGACGUGGAUCGGACUGUCGGCGAGCAUUUUGUGCAUAAUGAAGACAAUUCCACGGCCGCCGUUUCAACGAGCGAUGGUGAACGAUUUACUGGCGUUAUCUUCCUCACAUCCGGUCCGCUUGAAGUCAUGCCAGUGGACGAUCCUCAAACAUUUCUGCCAUCCCUUCGUCGGCCACACUUGAUAAAGACCCUUCGUGUUCAAACGCCUCCAGACGUUUCGUACGAGCUUACUCGCAGGCGAACACAUUCCGAGAUACACCUGCUUGGUGAUACGCUUGGUCAAAAGAACUACUCUUCUGCGGAACUUGAGGAGCUUGAUGCUAGAGAUGGCCGCAAUCGUAGUGCCCCGGCUCGGUUUGGACGGCCAACUGUGGAGUUGGCAGUGUUUUUUGAUGAAGCCGCCUACAACACGUUUGCUCCCUAUUUCAACUUCAACGAUGCAGCCCUACGAGAUUUCCUUCUUGCGUAUAUCAACGGAGUUCAGGCUUUGUAUCGUCAUCCUUCCCUUGGACAGGGUGUGGACAUCACGUUGGUGUAUUUAGAGCUCAUGAGAUCACAGCCUUCUUCGAUGCCGCACUACGAUGGUGAGCGAAAUCUUCUGCUAGACUCCUUCUGCUCCUACCAAAGCACGCUAAACCAAGGCCGCUGGGAUAUGGCACUGUAUCUAUCUGGGUUGGAUUUCUAUGCGAUCGAAAAUGGCCGCCGUAAUGGAGGUACCAUGGGAUUAGCAACGGUCGGUGGAGUGUGUUUGAGCGAUUACGCAUGCGUUAUUGCGGAGUUUGGUGCCAGGAAUGUCUUUGGGAAACCGUAUCCUUCGUCUGGCUUUACGUCAAUCUUUAUCGCAGCUCAUGAAAUAGGCCACAACUUAGGAAUGCAUCACGAUUCUAUUGGCAACGGAUGCCCGAAAGAUGGCUUCGUUAUGUCACCGUCGCGAGGUACGCAGGGAGAAACCACGUGGUCCACGUGCAGCGCUGAAGUGAUCUCACAGAUCAACUGGGCGGGUUGUUUGUUUGAGACGGAUUCGAAAAACGUGGCUGAGUAUGACACUUCGAAAUUUUACGGACAUCCGGGCCAGGCUUGGACGGCUAAAAAACAAUGCGAAGUCUUGCUAACCGAUAAGGAUGCAAUUCUAGCCUCUACCGAAAUGCCGGCAAUGUGCCAGAAUCUCCGUUGCCGUACCCCACAUCGAACCGGGUUUUAUUUUGCAGGUCCAGCUCUAGAAGGCACUGAUUGUGGUGAUUCGAAGUGGUGCAAAGGAGGUUCGUGUGUAAAGCAAAAGAAAAAACCAACCAAUACCGUGCCCGGUGGAUGGAGCGAAUGGAUGGACGAAGACUGUGUUUCAGGGUGUUUGGAACGGUCGAAAGGAUACCGGCGUCGAACUCGAAGCUGUGAUAACCCACCGCCGGUUAACACUGAUCAAGGUUGUGAAGGUGCAGCGCUGGAUAUAGCAAUUUGUGACGAUGUGAAGCUAUGCCGCUCGAAUCGAGAACCAAUCCAGUUCUAUGCCAGCCAAAGAUGUCGAGAGUUCAGUCAACUACUUCCCCGGUUGGACCCUGAAGGUCGCGGCAUUCAAGGACCGUACGAUUCGAAGCGCCUGUGGAUGAGCUGCGCGAUUUACUGCAAACGGGCGGACAACGACGCAUAUUACGCGCCGCGGUUCGAUCUGAAUGAUCUUGGUGUGGAUUCGUACUUUCCCGAUGGGACACUGUGUCACCAGGAAACUGGGACGAAUUACUACUGCCAGCAGCAUCACUGUUUGCCUGAGAACUUUAAGACGUCAAAGAUAUCAAUUUGGUCGAUCACUGACGAUAUUCCAGUAGCCGGAAACGCUCUUCCGAUGAAUGCUCACUUCCUUGAUAGUGCAAUAUUGAACUACUUGUCGCUGGAUAAAAAUGUUAUUCCUCUUACCGGAACAUGGGACCUGAAACCGGAACAACUGCCGAAUGACGAUCAAUGGGUGGAUCAAGACUACCUUGAUUUAUCUGACGGUUUCAGAACCCACACGAACCAAACAGAUGAAUUAAAUAGAUCUUAA